ACAACAACAAAAUCUUCACAUCGCACGUUAAGAAUAUCUCUAAACAAUGAACGGCAUGAGCGGAUCUUCUCCGGCAGCUCCGGCACCUUCACCAUCAUCGUUCUUCCAACAUCGCCGCCGUCACGGUGGCAUGAUGCAUAUGACUUUCUUUUGGGGAAAAAACACGGAGGUUCUAUUCGACGGCUGGCCAGGGACCAGUCUAAAAAUGUAUUGGGCCUGUCUCGCAGCCAUCUUUGCUCUUUCAGCUGUCUCGGAGUGGCUAUCGCGGUGCGGUUUCAUGAAAUCCGGUCCGGCUAGCUUUGGGGGCGGGCUAGUUCAGACUUUGGUUUACACCGUGAGGGCUGGUUUGUCUUAUUUGGUCAUGUUGGCUGUGAUGUCGUUCAAUGGAGGAGUCUUCUUGGCUGCAAUGGCUGGUUUUGGAUUAGGGUUUAUGAUUUUUGGAAGUAGGGCUUUUAGGAACACUAGCAGUAACAGUCACACCGAGGUUCAAUCACAUUGUUGAUUUUUUUUUUUUUUUACAUAGUGCUUGUUGUCUUGAUCGUUUGUUUUUCUUGUUUCCCGUUGAAAUAAAUGACGAAAAUAAAAUUUAUCACGUUUU